AUGGCAUGGUAGUUGCGUCGCUGAUAUUGUCGGACCCUCCCAUGGGCGACGAGCUGGACGAAGGGCUGGACGAAGGACCCGUCUAUUGUACGGUCGAAGCACCUGCCAUCCAGGUUGUGAAACCUGCCGAUUCUCUGCCGUGUUGGCGCAUAGUGUAUACUGGCGAUGGUUGUGUCUCCCGUGGCGAAAAGAAUCUUCGUUUCUGGAGACGCGCUAUGCGUGAUUUUGGUGGGGCACCUGAGCUGCUCUUCAAUCAAAACAAAUGCUUAGUACUCACGGCAACCGCUAGGAGCACAGCCCCUAGGGAAGUCAACUCACAGCAGGAAGAGCUCACAGAGAUGGUUUCUGGAGUCGCUGAGGUUGCUUCUAAGUCCGAGACAGUUUCUGGAGUCGAUAAGAAUGCUUCCAAGAAGAAGAACAAGAAAAAUAACAAGAAAAGAAAGGGUGAUAGACAAAGGCUCCAGUCACAUUCUGCCCCUCAGCUGAGUUCUGCAAUUGGGAGUAGUUUGAAAGACGAUGAGAAUAGCGUUGCCACUGUGGGCGAAUCUGGUCCCUCAUCUCCAGUUCUAGUGUCGGAUCCUUGCCUAGAUACAGAUUUUGAUGUAGUGGAGUCGUCAUCGCAGGGGCACAAUGCUGAGCAGCUUGACUUUAGCUCUUUGCGUGGUUUGGUUUGCCAUACAAAGAUCAUUCGAUUUAUGGGCAGGAAGUAUAGAAUUCUUCUUCAGGAUGAGAAUGGACCUUGUUCCUUGAUCGCCAUAUCAAAUUUUCUCAUCCUUCUAGGGAGAAUCACUUUGCCAGCUUUGAUGGAAGUUUGUUUGGAGACGGUAGCUGACAUAGUAUUUGCUGAAGUCUUCAGGAACAUGAAGAAUGAAGAUUAUGCAGGGGUAGUGGCUGCAUUGAAGCAAUCAGCUACUGGCCUGGAUAUUGAUAUCCUCUUUUCAAGUGUGGAUGGCUUUGAAGAUACGUCGCAGUACCGCAUCUUCAGAAUCCUGGGCAUCCCUUUAUACCAUUCCUGCACGUUAAACCUUGACAUGGAGGAAGAUGCUCAUACGCAUUAUGCUAUUGAUGGACGAACUUACAAUCAGCUUUACCUUGAUCAUUAUAAACAAGUUUCAAUGAAACAAGAAGCGGGACCUUCUGUUACGAGUGAAGAGGAAGACAAAUUUGAGCGCAUUGGCAGAUUUCUAGAGGCGACUAAAGUUCAGUCGACAGAUUAUGGGUUCUGUACUUUAAAAAAGCAUACGAAUGACGCAGACCUUUUUGUGUUCUUUUGGAACAACCAUUUCAGCAUCAUUUUCAAGGCAAAUGGAAAUUUCUACAACCUUCAAACGGAUGUGGGGUGCCUAAAUAGCAAGAUUACAUGGCAGGUUUUCAAUAAUCUUGAUGGAGAUGGGGACUUACUGGAGGAGAUAUUGAUAUUGUCAAAUAAAGAUGUCGAUGCAAGCAUUGCUCCUAAAGCACUCGGGAAGACUCAGAUUACUCCGGUUGAGAGUGUAACCAUGAGUUCAAAAUCAAUACAAAAUGCCCCUUUGCCUCGUGGUCAUUUCAAAACUCAAUUUGCCUCAUUUUUCACGGGAAGUGAACAUAAGAAAUUUGAGGCUAAAUUUCUUGAGUUUUUAAGAAGCUACGAAGAGAAUGGCAUUAAAUAUUACCGGCCAAUUAUCACCGCUAUGAAGGAAAUGGGCUGUUGGGAAAUGUUUGUCUUUUACGAACAUAUUUAUUCUGUUGAUCCUCAGUUUGCAAUAUCUUUAUGCAUGUGUUAUGAGAGGGUUCGGAACAACCUGACUAAUGCACUCCAUACCUUUAUUCAAACGGACCUAUGUGAUCCACACUUUCAUUCUGAACAUCUAAGUGUUCGCAUCUGUGAUAUGCCAAAGCCCGAGAGCUAGCAAAUUUUUCGAUUUACCCCAUUGUCAUGUGGCUGAGGCCCACACCAUCAAGUGCACUGGCUAUUCUCUAGAGGUUGCGCAUACUACCCCGCCAGGGUGAAUAGUUCUGGCAAAUCUUCUCACUAAAUUGUCAACAAACCACAUGAGUGGAAGAAGUUGGAAUGGAUUGUUUACACUCGAUCAAAUUUUGGUUAAUGACGAACUCGAAGUUGAUAUUGCUGCUCCAUUUUGUUUGAAAACAACACCGAAGACAAGGCAACUUGAUUUUGUCAGAGUUGCUACUGAUUUUCUUCCGAAAUACGCCAUCAAAGGCCAAUUGCCGGGUUAUUUUUUACAUCUUCAGAAGUCUCUGGGAGUCUACAUUGAUAAUUUGAGAUUCAGUGCAAGAAUGUUGCGGAAGUUUCACAACUUUAUAACUGCACAUCCUGCUUUCAAGGCAUGUUUGGUCAGGUUGGCAGUUAUAGAUGAUAUCUAUACAGCGCAUCAGUCCCUUUCUCGGCCUGCAAAGAGAUUGCUUCAGGCAAUUCUGGAUUGUGAUAUGAAGGAUUGGAGGACACCGAUCAUCAAUUCCGAAGAUCCAGUUACUGUUUGUCCUGUCCAUAAAGUUGUUUAUCAAUACCGCAUCAAUAGUAGAACUGCAAAUGAAGAAAAAAGUGACGGAAAGGAAUCAGCUAAAGAAAAAGGUGAUGAAGAUGAGGAAUCUUUUCGAACUGCAGCGAAUGAUGAAAAAGGUGACGUCAAGGAAUCAGCUGAAGAAAAAGGUGAUGAAGAUGAGGAGCCUUUUCUUCCUAGUUUGGAAGCGGCAAUGAUCUAUUUACACCAUGUCCGUCAACAUGGUGCUAAAGGAUCAAGGGAUGAAAUGGGCUCUCCACAGCUGGAAAAACUUUCUGACUUGGAUUUGAUUAAUGCACAUGUCUUGGAUGAUGUGUUGCCAAAAAUUCUGGAACGGCUGAUACUAUAUGCAGAUGAGUUCAUGGAGGCUUAUGGCCCGGAGGCAUAUGAAGAGCUUUCAAGAUGGAUUGAUGAAAUAUUGGAGAAAUAUAGUCUCCCUGAGUUUCUCAGAAGCUAAAUUGGAGGAACAUCGGAGCAUAUUCAAUGGAGUUCUUGGAGCAUCUUUCAGAAACUGUUGAGAUUUGUACUUGAUAUGUAAAGGUGUUCAUGUGGUGGAGGCACACUCCUUUUGUUUGGAGUUCUGUUUGUUACCUUUUAACUUGUGUCUUAACUGAAAGAUGAAAAUAUGAAUCUGACUUUUUGUUAACUGUUUGUUUGUCUGUAUAAGAACUGAAAGUUGGUACGAAUCAGUCAUCUGAACUAGUAUAAUGAAGGCCUUUCUUUUUAUCUUAAUUUGGAGAGGAAUAUAGUUGACAUCUCGAUGAGUUAAGUGUAACACCCUGGAGUGCAUAUAAGGAAUAAAUGAGUACCUAAUAUGGAAUAAGUUUUUUUUA